AUGGGAAGUUUAGAGUUUGUCCUCAAGAUAUCAGAUUUCAUUGUACUUCUAAAUGAUCCUGAUGCAUACUGCCGGGGAGAGACCAGCCUUGAUGGCCUUCUGACUACAGAGGUCGCUGUUGACCGAUCGAAGCUCAAGGAUGUGUUGUGCAAACUCCAAAAUGGAACAUCUUUCCUGGAAGCUCUCCUUGAUGAAUUCAGUGCUGGAAGAAGGAUAGAUGAAAUCCUGGAGAAUCUGCAAGGGUUGUUCCAGCCUCUUGGACCUGGCCUAGAUCUAGGACCACUGAUCAACCAGACCCUUGAGAUCUUCGAGGACAUAGACCUACUACCAGACUUCAUCAAAGAGCUUCCGUCGUUGUUAACAAAUCUAGACGAUCCUCAGCUAUCUCCUCUCAUCAAUCUAAUCACACUCUUCCAGAACCAAUCCAUUGGCAACCUACAAGGAGUUCUUAUCGAUUUACUUGUCCAGGGGUCUACGUUGGUCGAAAGCGUGUUCACACCGUAUGAUUUCUGGCCGAUGAUACAGGGGCAGUUGGCGUAUCAGAUUGUCAUCAUGGAUGCAGUAACAGCAGUCGUUAGGAAUGUCAUUGAUGGCGCUCUUGUGGAUGCCUUCAAGGACGACCCCUUCACUCAGGUCGGAGAGCUGUUCCUUGAGUUUGGACCAAAUAUCACUGAAGCAAUCGUCUCGACGUUCCUUGAUCCUGCAAAACUUGAAGAACUUUUGUCGAUGUCCCCAGAAGAACUGCAACUAGUCUUGUGUUCAGACUUCAUCGAGUAUCCUCCAGGAUUAGAUGCGACCUAUGCCAAACAGGAAUUGUGCAAACUCAACCCAGACGAGCUUUAUCCAAGUCACGUUGAAGUCUGGACUUCUUACUUCCCUGAAGUGGUGUAUGCUAUUGAGUUGGGCCAACUGGUGUUUACUGGAAACCUCUCAUCAUACCCUCCUGAAAUCCUUGCCAAUGCGACCUUCAAGAAUGUCAUCGACAAGCAGUUGGAAUUCCAGGAGCUUCUUGAAAUUGCUUUCCAGACAGAGAUUGAUAUAGACGAGUUCUUCGCUCGUCUGUCGGAUGGUGUUGAAGUGGCGGGAACAGCCGACGAGUGGAAUGCCAUGUUGAAUAGACUCCUAGCAAACUCCUUACCGGUCCUACAGGAAUCUGUUUUGAUUGGAGAUUGGGAGUCAGUGUUGGACUUCAUAGAAGACAUUCCUGAGGUUCAUUCCUUCAUAGCAGCAGUAGCCAUUCAAGACAUCAUCAUACAAGAUCUCAAUGACGUACUAUCACUCUUCAACUCUUUGAGUAGAGGAGAAGUUCUUCCAUAUGGUGGAGAGACUGAGAAGCUGCUUCGAGGUAUUGUCUUCUUGACUCAACAAGGAAAUGCAAUCCAGGCGGCCAUUUUGGAAGCUUACCAAGAUCCUGCUAAGGCUCUGGUACUCGGUAGUACAACAGACAUCACCCUGAUCUUGUGUAAUGCAACUCUUCGAGACUCGCUCCUGGAUCUGACAUCGAUCGACGUUGAUGUCCUGGACUACAGUCUCUGCAGUUUGGACUUCGACCUCUUGCUUCAAGAGACUGUCGAUCUGCUGCAGGUUCCGAGACUCCAUUACUUGAUUUACUAUAUCAAAGACAACAGGAGUGAUCCCAUAGACCUGAACAUGACUGCGGUGUCUAUACACACCAAUAAACUGGUGAAAACCAUUGGAGAACUGGAUGAAUCCUGGCAGAAUGUGAUUGAACUGGUUGGGAACGGUUCUGACUGGCUCUCUCUAGUACCUCAAUUUACACCACAGCCAUGGAUGGAUACAUGGGACAUGAUGUUUUAUAAUGCUUCUUUCAGUUCCUUUGAGAAUUUGACUGCAAUCCUUCAAGACUUCGAUCCAAGGAAUCUCACACUUCUAAUCGAGGACCUUGUUAUAAUGAUGAUACCUGGUGGUGAAGUGCUUCUCCACAAAGCUGCUACGAUGGAGUAUAUCGGUAUAUGGGCUAUGCAGGGAGCCAACAAUGCGUUCAAACUACUUCAAGGAGUGAGUGAAGGAAUGAUCAUCCCAGACUUCCAGGGAACAGCAGUGGCUAAGUUCAUUGAAGCUCUCUUAGAGGUGGAUCUUAUCCAACUGAGCAACGCUCUCUCUGACCCAGAAGUAAUUACUGUGGUGUCACGAGUUGGUGUUCUACCAUUCUUCUGCAAUGCCACAAUACGUGAUGUCAUUUUGGACUUACCUGGAAAAGGGAUCGACACCAGUCUUUUUGAUAGAACCAUAUGUACUGUUGAGUGGAACAUAGCUGCUGAGGAGCUUUAUGCAUUUCUCUAUGGACCUCAAGUUGAGCAAUUGCUACAAGAGUUUACCAAUGCUUCCAACGGAUCAUUGAAGCCCUCAGACAUAGACUGGAAUACAGGGGCAGCCAUCUUGGAUAUCUUCAUCAAGAAUUUGGCCAACGUCACUGGGAUCGUGCAGGGUUUAGGAGAACAGUUGGACAUCCAGGGGACAUUGGCGUACUUCGAGAAGCAGUGGAUUACCAAUUUGAUUGGUGUCUACCCAACCAAUGAAACAGACAUUUUAGAUGUUCUGGCCCGGCAGCUUAGCAUGGUCUGGAUGCAGCUGGAUGAUUCUCUUGGUGAUAUUCCUGGAUGGGAUCAGUAUAGGACAAACGUCUACAUCAUUCUCUCAUCCAUUGAACAGAUUACCAGUGGGAACGGAACUACAGGGGUAGAACCGUUUACUUUGGCCAGUAUUGUUCCCAAUGUAACAGAGCUGGUCAUCAUAUUGAGGGAGAUACCAAACCUUGGUGAUGAUAUCAUAUACCAGCUCCUCUAUGCACCCAUUGAUCCUGUGAUGCUGAUUGAAUUGGCAUCUUCAAACAGUUGGAAUGAGACCCUUUGCAAUGCAGAUCUUUUGAGCGGCAUCUUCAUCGAACCAGCGGGACUGAACUUGACGCAGCUCCAGGGGGCGCUAUGCAACAUUGACUUUGAAGCUCUGAUUGGUCAGUUGUCACAGGGAGUAGGCAUUGAACAUCUUAUUUCCAUGAUAAUUGAUCAGAUCACUAGCUUCAAUGGAGGCGAUGAUUUUGGCAUUGGUGAUUAUGAUCCGGCCCAGUGGGCUUCCAGACUCGAGCAGCUUAUUCAGUCAUAUGACCUACAGAAUGUACAGGGGUUCAUCCAAUCAUUGGCUAGUGAGUUCAUGCUGAUCUAUGAAGACAUUGAAGCCCAGCUGGUGAAUGUGACAGGUUGGAUGGAAUUCAAAGCCGAUCUUACUAUUCUCAUGACCGUGCUCAAGUACACAACACCAUUCCUAGGCAAUGGGACCAGUGGUAAGCUGAAGAUUGUGAUAUAG